ACAAAGGCGCCGGCCACAGCUCGCAGCGCGUUCUGGGUGCGAGCGCGGCAGACCCAGGCAGUGGGCGGAGCGGCCCAGUUCGAGUUCGGUCUCGGCUUCACUCCCCUGCGCCUCCGCUGUCUCUUGUCGCCACAUCUCUGGGCGUUUGGCGGCGAGUUAGCCCCGGCUAAGCCAGGAGAACCGACGCGGGAUCUCACCAUGCCCAACCCUCGUCCGUAAAACCGAAAAUGCAGCGCGAACUCUGCGAGGUUUGAGCCUCGUGGCUCGCCGUCCUGACCCCCCGGCGCGGAUACGUUCCCGCUCUUUCUGGCGUGAGGGGGGGGGGCGGUCAGAGGGUGCGCUGCCGCGCAGGCGCACGGAGCCUUGGCUGUGGCGGCCAUGGGCGAAGCGGGCGGCGCUGAGGAGGCCUCCCGGCAGGUGGGAUCUAAAGAAGAAUUUGUGAAAGUCAGAAAGAAGGACCUGGAACGCCUGACGACUGAAGUAAUGCAAAUCCGGGACUUCUUGCCCAGAAUACUAAAUGGGGAAGUGCUGGAAAGCUUCCAGAAGUUAAAGAUUGUAGAGAAAAACCUGGAAAGGAAAGAGCAAGAAUUAGAGCGACUGAGAAUGGACUGUGAGCACUUUAAAGCCCGCCUGGAGACCGUGCAGGCUGACAGCAUGAGAGAGAAGAAGGAGAAACUCGCUCUCCGACAGCAGCUGAAUGAAGCAAAGCAGCAACUCCUGCAACAGGCAGAGUACUGUACAGAGAUGGGGGCGGCAGCCUGCACGCUUUUGUGGGGUGUCUCCAGCAGCGAGGACGUCGUCAAGGCCAUCCUGGGAGGAGAUAAAGCUUUGAAGUUUUUCAACAUCACUGGUCAAACAAUGGAGAGUUUUGUGAAGUCACUGGACGGGGAUGUCAAGGAGCUCGAUUCUGAUGAAAAUCAGUUUGUGUUUGCUUUGGCUGGGAUCGUAACAAAUGUUGCUGCCAUAGCAUGUGGUCGAGAAUUCUUGGUUAAUUCAAGUCGGGUGCUGUUGGACACCUUUCUGCAGCUUCUGGGAGACUUGAAGCCAGGACAGUGCACGAAACUCAAAGUGUUACUGCUGAUGUCCCUGUACAACGUGAGCAUCAACCUGAAAGGCCUGAAGUACAUCAGCGAGAGCCCGGGCUUCAUCCCGCUGCUUUGGUGGCUGCUGAGUGACCCCGACGCGGAGGUGUGCCUUCAUGCACUGCGGCUCGUCCAGUCUGUGGUCCUGGAGCCGGAAGUCUUCUCCAAGUCUGCCUCCGAGUUCCGGAGCUCCCUGCCCCUGCAGCGCAUCCUGGCCAUGGCCAAGAGCCGUAACCCCCACCUGCAGACCGUGGCCCAGGAGCUCCUGGAGGACCUCCGCGCCCUGGAGCGUGAUGUGUAGGGGCGCGUGUGUGUCCUUCCCCCGCCCCCAGGUCCCCACUUUGUAUUCUGGAACCAUCACCGCAUGCCAUGUGUCCCAGACAGUAGACCGUGAGUGACUCAAGAGGGACGUGAAUGCAUAUGUAUCCACACAACUUCCUCCUGGAAGCAGAAGUUCCUGUGGGUGGCUGGGUGACCUUGCCAAGGUGCCCGUGGAACAGUCCAUCCUUCUGGAAAGGCCCAUGUCCUGUACCUAAAAGAGGGCCGCCUUAGAGUGGCCCCUGCUGUUCAGGAGACUUUCUGAGACCUGUGGGCUCCCUCGUACAAAGGGGUGAAAUGAUCACCUGCCCCACUGGUCAGCAUUUUCCUGAGAUACAUGGUUUGAAAAACAAUUCAUUCUCUCUUUAGUAAUUGUAAUUAAUACCCUAAAAUGCAAGGUUACCUUUAAAGCUUUGGUGAACCUGCUAUUUCAGGUGACAUUGGGCAUUUUAGUUCUUUUUUUUUUUUUUGCCUGUUUUAUUUUUGAAUAAAGAAAGCCAGAAGAGUCA